UAGCAGUAGUACAGUAGUAGACCCCUCCAUUGAAUAUCCUGACAAUACCAGAAGUGGCCCAGGAUCGUGAAGUGUAAUCCCCUAGACUAAGGGAGCCACUGACUGUGUGGAAUAGGUGUGCUUAGAGUUUGCCCCGUGACGGUGUGAACUCGGAAAACCUGUUUCACAUUCUUGACACUGUAAAACGUAUGAAUUCUAUCCGCACUGUCCAGAGCUACUGAAUGCACACACCAUGGAUUGGGUGAGUGUGAGUAUGUGUGUAUAUGUACUGUAGUACUCGAAGUGCUAGCGCGAUGCAUGGACCGACGCAUGGACGAUUGAUUGGACGGACGGACGGACGGACCGACCGACCAACGGACCGACCGACCCAUCGACCGUAAUGCUGGCUGUACGGGCGAUGAUGGUGAGUGAAUGAACCAAGUCGAUGAAACAACACGGUCUUGAUGUCAUUCAGAUUGUCAACAACGUGGGGGCAGGAUCUCCCCGAAUGAAGGAUGAAACAACACUUACGAGACGAGAAAGCCUUCUCACAGCCUCGACGACAAUCCGUGCUCCCAGUGCCCACAUUAGAGACCAUCGUCGAGCGUGGUGACAAAAACGCCAUCUUUGAGAUCAUUUUGGUGGACAUUGGAGGUUUUGGAAAGUAUCAGGUGUCAAUUCUGCUCCUAGCCUCGGUGGCAUCUAUCGUGAGUGCGUGCAACCAUUUAGCGCCCAUCUUCCUGGCCUUUUCUCCCCGAUUUGAGUGCACACCCAGUGACUCAAAUGGGACAUCUUACGUAUCAGAGAGCCCGUCCAACGACACCUCAAUAUCAUCGUUAUUUGUCAACGAGCCGGCAUGUUUCGACCCCUCGGGAAUGGAUUGUCAGACUUUUUCAUACGAUCGGAACAUCAUGACCCGCUCCAUCGUGACUCACUUCAAUCUGGUGUGUGCCAGACUACCUCUUUUACCUUUAGUGAGCAGUACUUACAUGGCUGGGGUUAUGUUGACCACGAUUUUCAGUGGGUUCCUGUCAGAUCGUCUUGGAAGGAGGACCAUCGUUCUCACGCUGAGUUCGAUACAUGUGAUUGCCACGUUCGCCACGUGCUUCGCCACCAAAUCCUACCUGACGUUCAUUUUGGCCAGGUUCUUCGUGGGAGGAACCAUUCAUGGCACAUGGGUUGCCCUAUUCGUAAUUACUACGGAGAUUUCCAUCAAGUCUAGGCGUGGCCUUACUGGCUUUGUCAUGAAUUUGGGUUGGAAUGUGGGUGCCAUAAUUCUAACUGCUGUGGCUUACCUCUCCAGGGAUUGGGUCACGAUGCAGUUAAUUUUUUCCGGGAUAUCCCUGGUGACGAUAUCCUAUUUCUUUGUCAUUCCUGAAAGUCCACGCUGGCUAAUGGAGCGCGGCAAAUUCGAGGAGGCUGAGGUGGUCCUCCGCAAGAUCGCCAAAUACAACGGCAUCAAUGUCGAAUUUGGACACGGGGCCUCGAGAUUCGAAGGCAACAUGAAAGCCCUCAAACUGAGCUCUGAUGUGACAGAAAGAAAGCAUCUAACAUUCCGGGACACAUUUCAAGGUGUGUCGCAUUUUUGCACCUAUCCGAUAUUUCGCAAGCGGAUAGCUCUCUUUGGUCUCCCCUGGUUUUUCGUGGGCAUGGCUUCCUAUGGAAUCCAUUUCUCGGUGAAAUUGGUGGAGUUUGACAUUUUCAUGAUGUCCAUCAUCAAAGAAAUUGUUAUCAUCAUUUCCAUAGCCUGCUUAUUGCCGGUGUACACUAAGUUCAAAAGAACCCAUGUCGUGCCGUUAUUCUUCCUAUUGGGUGGCAUUCUUGGCAUCUUAUUCCUCGCCUUCCCCGCGAGGUUCCUACUCGUCCGAGUUGGCCUUUUAGUGCUAACUCAAGGUCUGAUUGUGGCGGACUUUUGCCUCCUGGACACGUUCACGCCAGAAGCGUUUUCUACCGAUACCAGGAACUUUGUUUUGGCCCUCCUCGACGGAGUGAGCAAGACUGGAACUUUGAUAGCUCCUUUCAUCGUGGACUUGGGAGGAUAUUGGUAUGCCAGCGCACCACCGGCCAUUUUCGGUAUUUUCAUGGUCCUAACCUCAGUGUGGAUCAAGUUCCUUUUACCGGAAACGAAGGGCACCCCUUUAAAGCAAAGCAUUUCAGAUCUGGCAGCCUGAUAUGAAUUAAAAUUCACUGCCUGUGAAUCUGAACUACCUUCUUCAAUGCAAUAUUAUAUGGACGACACACAACCAAAUCCCAAUAUUCUCCAGAGCUCGAAAAUAGAUUUAUCACGCCCA